AUGACAGACGUGUUUGCAAGCUACGAUUACGAUGCGAUCCCAUCGCUGGAUGAGCAGCCGGACGGCAGCGGCAGCGGCCAGCACGGCCACCCGCAACCCAACUACCACACGAUCACCCAGGAGGACUGCUGGCAGGUCAUCUCCGCCUUCUUCAACGAACGCAACCUCGUCAGCCAGCAGAUCUCCUCCUUCGACGGCUUCGUCAACACCACCAUGCAGGAACUCGUCGACGAAACCGGAUCGUUGGUCUUGGAACAGUCCAUGCAAUAUACCGAUAAAGCCGGCGACUUGACCAAACGAUUCGAGAUCACGUUUGGCCAGAUUUAUCUCUCCAGACCCACGAUGACUGAAUCCGAUGGAACAGUGUCACCCAUGUUUCCCAACGAGGCCCGUCUGCGUAACCUAACAUACUCUUCUCCCCUCUACGUCGACAUGAGCAAGUCGAAUAAACUUGCAACCGGCGAGUUCGACGAAGAGACUGGGGAACCAAUUUACAUUACUGACGACACAGACAACGAAGAAAAAAACUCGACUCAAAUUUACAUCGGCAAAGUGCCCAUCAUGCUGCGGUCAGAGUUCUGUAUCCUCGACAAGCUGGAUGAUCCGGGUUUAUUUGAGCUGAACGAGUGUCCAUUCGACCUCGGCGGCUAUUUUGUCAUCAACGGCUCGGAGAAAGUGCUGAUUGCCCAGGAAAGAAUGGCGGCCAACCACGUCUACGUGUUCGCCAAGGCCGCCCCGUCGCCGGUCUCGUUCUUGAGCGAGAUCCGUAGUGCUGUCGAGAAAGGAAGCAAGACGGUCAGCUCGAUGCAAGUCAAAAUGUAUGGUGGCCAUAAGGCGGAAAAGACAGGGGGAGGUGCCACGAUUAAAACUACCCUGCCCUACAUCAGAAACGAUAUCCCGAUUGUCGUCGUCUUCAGAGCCCUGGGAAUCAUCCCGGAUAAGGAUAUCCUUGAGCACAUUUGUUACGACCGUAAUGACACGGCCAUGUUCGAAAUGCUCAAACCAUGUUUGGAAGAUUCCUUCCCGAUCCAAGAGCAAGAGGUUGCCCUGGAUUUCAUCGGAAGGCGAGGAACCGCCACCGGAUUAUCGCGAGAAAAACGACUGAAAUAUGCCGAAGAGAUUUUGCAGAAAGAGAUGCUGCCGCACAUUUCGAUGUCGGAAGGACAGCAGGGGAAGAAGGCGUAUUUUUUCGGAUACAUGAUCCAUCGACUCUUGCUGGCUGCCCUAGAUCGACGAGACCUGGACGAUCGAGAUCAUUUCGGGAAGAAGCGGCUCGAUCUUGCGGGGCCUCUUCUAGCCGGUCUGUUCCGAAUGUUGUUUCGUAAGCUGACGAAAGAUGUCUAUCGACAUCUGCAAAAGUGUGUGGAGAUGCAAAAGCCAUUCAAUCUGAAUGCUGCAGUCAAGUCGAAUACGAUCACAAACGGCCUCAAGUAUUCACUGGCCACCGGAAACUGGGGGGACCAGAAGAAGGCCAUGCAGGCCCGUGCGGGGGUUUCGCAGGUGUUGAACCGCUACACGUUUGCCUCGACCCUUUCCCAUCUCCGGCGAUGUAACACGCCGAUCGGCCGAGACGGGAAGAUCGCCAAGCCCCGGCAGCUGCACAACUCCCACUGGGGUAUGGUCUGUCCCGCCGAAACACCGGAAGGCCAGGCGUGUGGGCUGGUCAAAAACCUUGCGCUGAUGUCGUACAUCUCUGUUGGCUCACCGUCGGCGCCGAUCGUCGAGUUUCUGGAGGAGUGGGGGAUGGAGAGCCUGGACGAGUUCUCGUCGGACAUGUCGAAUGGCACGAAGGUGUUUGUGAACGGGGUGUGGCAGGGCGUCCAUCGUGCGCCGGCGGAGCUUCUCGACACCAUCAAGCGUCUCCGGCGAUGUGGAGACAUCGAGCCCGAGGUCUCGGUGAUGCGGGACGUGCGGGAGCGGGAGCUCCGGGUGUUCACGGACGGCGGCCGGGUCUGUCGGCCGUUGUUUAUCGUCGAGAACCAGCAGCUGCUGCUCAAGAAGGAACACAUCGAGUGGCUCAGCAACGGAUAUGUGAGCGCGUCCGAGGACCCGAGCGCCGAGGCGCCGGAGGACGAGGGGCAGCCGUUCGGAUGGAGCCAGCUGGUCUCCAAGGGCAUCGUCGAGUAUCUCGAUGCCGAGGAGGAGGAGACGGUGAUGAUCUGUAUGACCCCCGAAGAGCUCGAACAGUCUAGGGAGUACCAGGAGACCGGCCAGGUCCCUAAAGAAACUUACGAUCCUGCGGCCCGACUCAAGGGGAAUAUCAGCAUGUAUUCGCAUACUUGGACGCAUUGCGAGAUCCACCCCGCAAUGAUCUUGGGCAUCUGUGCCUCUAUUAUCCCCUUCCCCGACCACAAUCAAUCUCCACGAAACACAUACCAGUCGGCAAUGGGAAAACAAGCGAUGGGGGUCUAUCUGACGAACUUCCGGAUGCGGAUGGACACGAUGGCGAACAUCCUGUACUACCCGCAGAAGCCGCUGGCGACGACGCGGUCGAUGGAGUACCUGCGGUUCCGGGAGCUGCCAGCGGGGCAGAAUGCGAUUGUGGCGAUCCUGUGUUACUCGGGCUACAACCAGGAAGACUCGGUGAUCAUGAACCAGUCGUCGAUCGACCGGGGCCUGUUCCGCUCGUUCUACUACCGCUCGUACAUGGACCAGGAGAAGAAGGCGGGGGCGCUGCAGAUGGAGGAGUUCGAGAAGCCGACGCGGGACAGCACGCUGCGUCUGAAGCACGGGACGUACGACAAGCUGGACGACGACGGGAUCAUCACUCCGGGGACGAGGGUGUCGGGGGACGACAUCAUCAUCGGCAAGACGGCGCCGAUCCCGAAGGAUAGCGAGGAGCUCGGACAGCGGAUGAAGACGCACACGAAGCGGGACGUGUCGAUGCCGCUGAAGUCGACGGAGAACGGGAUCAUCGACCAAGUGUUGGUGACGACGAACCAGGACGGGCUGAAGUUUGUGAAGGUGCGGAUCCGGUCGACGCGGAUCCCGGAGACGGGGGACAAGUUUGCGUCGCGGCAUGGGCAGAAGGGCACGGUUGGGAUCCUGUAUCGGCAGGAGGACAUGCCGUUCACCUCCGAAGGGCUCUGUCCGGACAUCAUCAUCAACCCGCAUGCGAUCCCGUCGCGGAUGACGAUCGGCCAUCUGGUGGAGUGUCUGCUCUCGAAGGUCUCGACGAUCACGGGCUCGGAGGGCGAUGCGACGCCGUUCAGCGAGGUGACGGUCGAGGCGAUCUCGAACCUGCUCAAGCAGAACGGCUACCAGUCCCGCGGCCUCGAGAUCAUGUUCAACGGCCACACCGGGAAGAAGCUCCGGGCCCAGUGCUACCUCGGCCCGACUUACUACCAGCGCCUCAAACACAUGGUCAACGACAAGAUCCAUUCCCGGGCGAGAGGGCCCGUGCAGAUCUUGACCAGACAGCCCGUCGAGGGGCGCUCCCGAGACGGCGGGCUCCGGUUCGGAGAGAUGGAACGUGAUUGCAUGAUCUCCCACGGGAUUGCGGCCUUCUUGAAAGAGAGGAUGUUCGACGUGAGCGACGCGUAUCGGGUGCACGUUUGCGACUUCUGCGGGAUGGUGGCGAUUGCGAAUCUGAAGAAACAGUCGUUUGAGUGCCGGUCGUGCCGCAACAAGACUGCCAUCUCGCAAGUGUACAUCCCGUAUGCGGCCAAGCUGCUCUUCCAGGAACUCCAGUCGAUGAACAUCGCCAGCCGGUUUGUGUUUGAGAGUGCUGGUGAACAUGUUUCCCGAGGAGACAUGAUUAUGUAA